UUUCCCUCUUCCCUUAGGGCUUUGCCGCCAACAAAAAUUAAAAAAUAAAUAAAUGCCUUCCACAAAAGUUGGAGGCAAAACAAAUAAUAGAAAUAAUCAAAAUUAUGGUUCGUCUUCUUCUGAUGAAGCUGAACACAUCGGGGGGACUUGUAGUGGUGGAUGGCCUUCUGCAGUUAGUGUUUUGGAAACUCCUGACAGACGAAGAGUUAGAAGUUCUCUUCGAUCAAACAACAAAAAUUCUUCCCGAACACAUUCAAUACCUGAAGUUUCAUUUCCUUCCUCUAUUUCUACUCAUUUAUCUUUUGCUUCAACUUCUUCAGUUAUAGCUAAUGACAAUUCUCCGCCAACUUGUCGAUUGUCAACAAAUUCUUUUUGUUCUCCACCCCUUCGAACUCCUCGACAAUCAUUAACAGCAUCAAUUCAUUUAUCUGGAUCUCCUUUACGUUCAUUCUUCAUUAAAGAAAAAAGACAACAAUCCCCAAGUUGUUCUUCCUCUAUUUCUUCGACAACUUCUUGUAGUAACAGCAGAGAUCAAGUUUUGCGGCCUUUAAAUUUACAAAAUUAUAUUGGUGUUCGAUUUAGUGGAGAUAGACUACCAGAACAAACUCAAACCCAACAAAAAUCUUCAAAUUUACAUCAAGAAAAGGAUAUAAAAAAUGUAGAUAAAAAUAAAACAACUAAAGACGACAAACAACCAUCAAGACGUGUUUCUAAAGAUUCGGGGUUUUCAGACACUCAAUUAAGUGAUGACCAAAAUUCUCGUUUAUCAUUACUUUCCAAAUCUUCACUUAUUGAAACACCAAGUAAAGGGCUUGCUUCUGUACAGCCUUUAUAUCAUUCGACUCCAAUUCUUAAUGAACGUUCUUCGUCUUCUCUUUUGUUAUUUGAUACAGAAAAUUCUAAUUAUAAUCCUUCAACAUCUUCGGGUUUCCAUUCGCCUUUACAAGAACAAAAUUAUGGACCUCUCGAAACUAGUAUUGUUGAUGAUAUUUUAAAUGAUUUGGAUAAAAUGCAGCCUGAAAAGCUACGAACACCAGAAAAGAACAGAAACCCGACUCGUUCUUUAAAAUUCGAACGUAAAUUAUUAUCACUUAAAUGGAGAAGAGAAAGUCCUAGGAAGAAAACAAAUAAUUCUUUGUUGGAAUGGCAAAAAAUUAAAAGAAUUAAUAUUUCAAGUUUAUUUAUUGAAGGAAUAAAUAAUGAAUUGAAUGUUGGGAAUUUGAAGAAGGAAAUAUCUGCUUUGUUUUCUCAAACUGACUGUCAACUAAUGUUUGGAAAAUCUACAGACCAAUUAGAAAUAACUGAAAAAGCAAAGAAUUUAUUGAACAUAAAUCCUCCAACAAAAAAGUUGAGGAAGAAAUUAACAACAAAAUCUGCUGGAUUAAUUCCUCAGUUAAAAGAAGAAAAAAGAAUUAAACUUUAA